AUGUUUGUAUUUCUGGUUUUAGUUUGUAAAAAGGAGUUGCAUCCUGCUGUCUCCUGGUGAGUGGGGGGUGGCCCCUGGCAACAGCAUUUUGAGGAUUUACUGUAUGUUUUCUUUUCCUUUCUCAGUCUCGUCCAGUGGUUUGACACAGCACCAAACCGGACUUGCCCACAGUGCAGAAUCCAGGUCAGCAAAAGACAUGUCAUCCAUAAGCUGUUUUUUGAUGUUGCCUUGGAGGAGCAGACAGCACCGGAUGCAGAGACCUUGCAGAAUGAACUGGACAAGGUGAAGGCUCAGCUCUCCAUGAAAGAGAAAGAAAAGCGGGAAUGCCAGGCCCUGGUGGAUGGGCUGAGGGACACUCUGGAUGUGCGCAAUGCCACAAUAGAGUCGCUCCAGAAGGUGCUGGGAGAGACAGAGAUGUUGUGCUCCUCUCUUAAGAAGCAGAUGAAAUUCCUGGAGCAGCAGCAGGAAGAUAACAGAAGUUCAAAGGAGGAGGCCCGCCGUCUGCGGAACAAGCUGAGAACCAUGGAGCGGAUUGAGCUGUUGCUUCAGAGCCAGCGCCCUGAAGUGGAGGAGAUGAUCAGAGAGAUGGGAGUUGGGCAGGCAGCAGUGGAACAGCUUGCUGUCUACUGUGUCUCGCUGAAAAAGGAAUAUGAAAACUUGAAGGAGGCUCGGAAGAUCUCUAAUGAGAUGACAGAGAAGCUGAAGAAGGAGGUGUUUUCUGCCAACAACAAGCUGCAGAAAACGGUUUCAGAGUUGGAGAUGACAAAGGAGGAGUUAAAAAGCACCCAGAAGGAUCUGAAGAAUGCGGACAAGGAGAUCUUGAGUUUGAAGAAGAAGAUAGACAUCCUGCAGGAUACUCUGAAGGUCCCAUCUGUAACCAGAGAGACAUUCAGUCGGCUAGUCUUUGAAAGCCCCACUCCCGUGGAACUGCGGCACCCGAAGCUCCACCGCCCGGCCCACAGCGAUGAGAUCAAUCUAGAUGCUACUUUUGAUGUGGACACCCCUGAACAUCAGUCCUGCAGAUCUCCCUUCAGCCCUGCAAAAAGGCAGAAGCUGGAUAAAAAGCCGCCUCCCGUGGUAAAUCUGGCGAAUAAACUUCUGAAGGAAACAGUGGAGAACUGGGCAGAUGAUCUGGAGGAUGAUGCUCUUAAAGGACUCUUGCCAGCAUUCAUCAGGAACUCUGUUCUUUCCAAGAAGCCAUCUUUGGGUAGCUUGCUGGGUCCCCACAAGAAUGUGGGCACUGUGAGAAUGGGAUAUGACGGCUUGGGCGGCAGAACAAAGUUCAUACAGCCUACAAACCUGGCAGAAAUUCAUCCGUUAGCAGUGAGGAAGAAGAAGAAGAAUGUCUCCAAGCCAGCAUCUACAGCUCCUUCUGCUGCUUCUUCCAGCAGCAGCCAAGCCAGGCUGGACAGUUUCCUGCAGUGAGAGCCCUCACUUUCCUGGGAAGCAGCUGGGCAGGGCAGCUUCAGGGCAGAGUGCACUUGCCCAGAGCCUGGUAUGCAGCAAUGUCCAGCCAUUUGGGGGGGGGGCGCUAUUUGCAAAGCACUGAUCCUGCCCUGUGGGUGAGACAAUCUGCCCUGGGGGGGAAUCCUUGCCUUGAAGCAAGCUGACAAGAGACCAAGCCUCUGGCUCAUGCUUGGACUGAUUUACACUCCUCAUUUUACACUACCUUCCUCCUAUUUUCACGAAUAAACAGGGUUUUCUUAUUUUCUGGCCUGUUCAGAGCUCUACAGUUGCUGCUGCUAUUGGGCUCUGACAUCAGGUGGAACUGCACUUCUUGGAUGCAGCAGCAAGCCAGAGGUUCAGGAAGGGUAUCUGGGAUUCCAGGCUGCAGUAAGAGCAGGGAGAAGGGACCUGGACCAGCUCUGCCUGGUGUAAAUAGCUCUAAAAAGUUUCCUGGAGGAAGAAGGGGGCAGAUCAGCACUGGCCUGUGUUGCUGCAGGGUGGGUGUGUGUUCAUCAGAUGAAACAACUUCCCUCUGCUGAAGGCCUGUGUGGGUUUGGGAGACCCAUGGGCAAGCCUGGGGGAUGUUCUGCCUUGCCCUGUUUGGGCCAUGAAGCUCAGUGGAUUUUUUUUUUCAGACCUGGCACUGGAAUUGCUGACCUGGGGAGGAGGGUGCUGGGGGUGACCCCUUGCCCUGCUUGGGAUCAGGGAGGUCAGUGCACUAAUGUGACCUCUGUUUGUGGCAUGUGCUGGUGUGAAACUUGUUUGUGAAAUUCUGUAUUUCUUAAAUGAAACUAGGGGUUUUCUUCUUUUGUAACUGAUCUGCCUAGCGAUUUUUUUUUUUUUUUUUUUUUUUUUGAGGGUUUGAAAUGGCCUGAAGGAGUGGUGGGAAACAGCUCCCUUCAGGGGAGGGGGAGACUGAUGGGGCUGAACCUGUCUGGAGUUGUUCAGCUUGGAGACAUGGGACAGUAGCUCUGCUCUUGCCCCAUGCCUGAAGCAGGGCUCUUCAAGCUGCAAGGAACAGACUUAGGGAGGUACCUUGCUACAGCCACUCAACUGUACAAAUCUGUGAUGUUUCCUGCUUCCAGCUG